AUGAAGAGAGGAGCUAAUGCUACAAAUUAUUGUGCUAAGCAGAGUGAUUCUUGGAUCAUCAAGUCUAUCUUUAAGUACAGGGACCUGCUUAUGAGUUCUAGAGCUUGGAAUGAGUUUUUGCAAACAGAUACAUAUAGAACCAAGCAAAUAUAUCUGGAAUUAAGAGGUGAUCGUGGCCUGGUAUCGUGGAGGAACAUUUUAAGAGGAAAUCUGGCCAGUUCAAAGGCUUUGUUCUUCUUGUGGAUGGCAUGCCAGAAUCGUUUACACACCAAGGAUAGGCUGAGCAAAUUCGGAACUGUGACUGAUGGUGUUUGUUUGUAUUGUAACGAGACUGAAACAUGUGCUCAUCUCUUCCUUGCUUGUAGGGAAACUAGAGAUUUCUGGCUGCAGGUGUUGAAUUGGAGUCAUAAUCCCCAUUCUCCUCAAGCCUGGACAGAGAAGCUAAUCUGGAUUACUACAACUGCUAGAGGGAAAAGCAAUAGAGCUAAGCUCCUCCGCAUAUGUGUGGCUGAAGUCAUAUACCAUAUUUGGAUCGUGCAAAAUAACAGAGUCUUUAAGAAUGCUAGAAUGGAGCAACUCAACUUGCAUUGGGUGCUGGAUCGGAUCAAGUAUCGGGCAAAGCUUGACAGGAAACUAGGAGUGUAUGUUGAUACCUUGUAG